AGAAAAAUUUACAGUUGGUAUCAGACAUCCUUUGAAGGAACAUGGUAUUUAAGAACAGUGGAUUUACUACUAGUUCUGUUCAGUGAAUAUAUUACCAAGUACAUGUGUGGUUUUUCGUUCGAGAUCUUUAUUAGACACAUCGUUCUAUGAUGAGAACGAUAAUAACGCUAGGAGUUUGUGUUAUAUAUAAUUUUUUAGUUGCGCUCACUAUUGCUGAGCGAGCAAACAGUUUUGAAACUCCAACAAAAGAAAAUCUUCCAGUAAUUAUCGGCAAAAAUGAAGCAAAAUCAGAACUUUCACCCAGUUACGGUGCUAGCAGAAAUAAUCCAGAAUCAACCAUGGAAUAUGAAUUUCAUCAACAGCAACGACUGCAUGAUAAAAGGGCAACCGAUUUGCAGUCACUACCCUCAGCUCUAGAAACACUUCCACCAGAAGUGGUCCAGCAGCAUCUUCGGGACCGAAGACAGCCGUGGUAUGUCGAUGAGCCAGGAUACAUCUUGCUCAGACGGCCACUCCUACAGCAAUCUUCGAGCUCGGCGUUUUCUUUCAUACCGCAACGAGGAAGAAAAUCCGGUCCUCUCUCUUCGGAUGCUGCAUCUCCAGCGCUAGCAAAACGAGAGCUCUCAAUCAAACAAAUGCUCGAAGGAGGUGAUUAUUUCGUACCAAAUCGUGGCAAAAAACGAUUUAGCAAUGGCAUCUCCAAGAAGGUCAAAUUUGAUGAGAUUCUCGGAUCGGAUGAGUUAUUCAUUCCGAAUCGCGGUAAAAAAGAGCUUUUGGAUCUUCUCGUACCUUCAUCAUCGCAAUUUAGUGGCCGGUUGAUCAACGAUUUUAGGCAACCAUUAAUAGUCGGAAGCAAUAGCAAAAAAAAUAUUUUAAAUGCGAUCCAAACCGGAGGCCACAAGGACAUUUCUACGGGCGAAGAACUUUUUUAUCCAACGCGCGGUAAAAAGAACAUAUUGGACAACUUGGCACAAUCGCAAGAAACAUUUUUCUCGUCGCGUGGCAAACGAAAUCCAACCAUUUGGAAUCUGCUCAGUGAAGAAAAAAAUCCAUGGGAUUUUCUAGACACCGGUGGAGAUUACGAAAACUAUGAGUCCGAUAAUUUCUACGAUCGCUUUCAAUCCAACAAAUUAUUACUGUAAGAAUAUCCAUUCAAUAAUCAAAUGGGGGACUGACUUGUUUUAUCAUUUCUCUAUCCAUCUGCUUGUUAAGGUUCUUUUCUCGAUUAAUAAAGAUAAAAAUAUUCAUAAAAUGUUA